AUGAUGUUACCAAGCCCGGUCACCUCCACCCCUUUCUCAGUCAAAGACAUUUUGAAUCUGGAGCAGCAGCAGCAACAGCACUUCCACGGCGCGCACUUACAGGCGGACUUGGAGCACCACUUUCACUCGGCGCCGUGCAUGCUGGCCGCCACCGAGGGGACGCAGUUUUCUGACGGAGGAGAGGAGGACGAGGAAGAAGAGGGCGAGAAACUGUCCUAUUUGAACUCACUAGCCACAGCCGACGGCCACGGGGCUUCGGGGCUCUGUCCCCAGAGCUAUGUCCACACAGUCCUGCGAGACUCGUGUAGCGGGCCUAAGGAACAUGAAGAGGAGCCCGAGGUCGUGAGGGACCGGAGCCAAAAAAGCUGCCAGCUGAAGAAGCCUCUGGAGACGGCCGGAGACUGUAAGGCGGUGGAGGAGAGCGAGAGGCCCAAGCCACGCAGCCGCCGGAAGCCCCGGGUCCUCUUCUCGCAAGCCCAGGUCUUCGAGCUGGAACGCAGGUUCAAGCAGCAGCGGUACCUGUCGGCGCCCGAGCGCGAGCACCUCGCCAGCAGCCUGAAGCUCACGUCCACGCAGGUGAAGAUCUGGUUCCAGAAUCGCAGGUACAAGUGCAAGAGGCAGCGGCAGGACAAGUCUCUGGAGCUGGGCGCGCACGCGCCCCCGCCGCCGCCGCGCCGCGUGGCCGUGCCGGUGCUGGUGCGGGACGGCAAGCCGUGCGUGACGCCGGGCGCGCAAGCCUACGGCGCGCCCUACAGCGUGGGCGCGGGCGCCUACUCCUACAACAGCUUCCCCGCCUACGGCUAUGGGAACUCGGCCGCCGCCGCCGCCGCUGCCGCCGCCGCCGCCGCCGCCGCCGCGGCCUACAGCGGCAGCUACGGCUGUGCGUACCCGGCGGGCGGGGGCGGCGGGGGCGGCGGGGGCGGCGGGGCUACCGCGGCGGCCGCGGCCAUGCAACCCGCCUGCAGCGCGGCCGGAGGCGGCCCCUUUGUGAACGUGAGCAACCUGGGCGGCUUCGCCGGCGGUGGCGGCGCGCAGCCGUUGCACCAGGGUGCCACGGCCGGGGCAGCGUGCGCGCAGGGCACCUUGCAGGGCAUCCGGGCCUGGUAG